AUGGAUACAUCCGCCCAGCAGGCAUGGUCACAGCCGGACACCCUCGACCCAAUGGCGCAAAUCAGCAAUGACCUCGACGACCUCGGAAACCUGUUCGAAUUCGGCGACAUCGAUCUCAACAUUGGCGCCGACGCCGCACAAUAUGGCGACCACAUGCAGCAGCAGGGCACACACCCAAGCACACCCUUUGACGAGAUCAGCGAGGCGCAAGCAAUAGCGGGCACGGCGGCGCAGGACUUUGGCACGCAUGGACAAUAUGCCAUGUCGCAGGCAGCCGAGCAUGCGCAACACCAACACCAACACCACUUCGCUGCGCAGGCGCAAACCAGCCAUCCGUAUCCUGUCGAUCCCAUGUAUCAGCCUGCAAUGCAUCCGCAAUACCAGCAGCAGUUUCAGUACCCGGGAAUGCAAGCCUAUCCUUCGAACCAGCACAUCCCGCCCACACCAAACAGCUUGGAGAUGCACGGGGAAGUGGGCAGGUUCCUCCAGCAUCAGCUGGACCCGCAGCAACGGGCACUACUAGACCAGAGAUAUCAACUGAGGAAGGAGGAUGCUGUUCGUGCCAGCUCGCAAUCAUCUACUCCAAAGUCUUGGCUGACUUCCCAUCAGAUCGCCUUUACCCCGAUGGUGUCUCCUGCUGGGACGCCGCAGUACAAUGUGCAACCAGAGUAUACCAUACCGGGGGCAUAUUUCUCGCCGCUUACAUCGCCCAUGCUGCACGCCCAGAAUGCACAGCAUGGUCAACACCAUCAACAAGGCUACUACACCAACCCUAGCACCGCACCCAGCUCAAACGCCACAUCGCCCUUGGAUCCGCACGCUCCUGGCAAUGACAUGGAAGGUAUUGAAAUGUCGCUCAAUGAAGCAGCAAAGGCGAGUGCCAGGAAGUCUAGCCGCCGGAAAGUCGCAACACCAAGAAGCGCCGGGCCAUUGGGGAGAGUGAAGCAGAGUCCGAUCCAGAAGGCGAUGAAACGGAAGUCUGGUACUAUGCUCUCUUCCUUUGUUCCGCCACGAGAGGCAGACCGUGAGGUUCCACGAUCGGGAAGUGCGCAGCCUCGAUCCGCAGGCCUACAGAUGCCGCGCACCGACAGUUCACAAGAUGGAAGCAUCAGUCCCGAACCACUUAGCGAAGCAUUGAUGGCUCCUCCGCCUCGACCAGGAUCGAGUGUUACACACUCGCCUGCUCUUGCUGCUCAACGACAAGAAGGAGCCAACGGCUCGGGAGGGAAAGCGGCUACCCCAAAGACCAUUUUAUCAAUGCGGAGCAAUCAGCACUCAGGGACAGGCGACACGUCGCAACGAUCGGAUGGUGUGGAUGAAAGGAUGGACCUGGAAGACCUCGAGCUGCCAGCAGCUGCUGCGCCAGAAGCUGGUCCACGUCGUUCUCUACCACAACUUGAUACGAGCUUGACUUCAGGUCAUUCGACCGAAAACACUCCGCGUCUAUCAGCAAGAAAGACGCCGAAGCUAGGUGCGAGCCAUACACCAGCGUCGGCAAGGCCACCCUCCGCAACGGCAAGUCCCUCUAUCAUGGGUUCACCCAUGACUGCUUCUAGUCCAGGUGCACUCUUGAAAGACAGGAAGGGUGCGGAAGCAAUAGGCGGCAGAGGCAACAAGAAGCGAGGGAGUGUCAGUGCCAGCAACUCGAGUAUGGUCUCUCCUGCGCUACGGCCUAGGAUCAGUCCAAGCAUCAAGCCGUUGCUCCCCGAAGGUGCUGCACUACAUUCGCCACAACACGCUCUCAUGCUCGCUUCCAAGUCCAACUACCAAAAUCUUCUCGAAGGCAACCAACUGCCCGGCGUGUCAUACCCAGAACACUUAUCUACCGGCUUGACAUCGAAGCGCACAUCGCAUAAAGUGGCCGAACAAGGACGUCGCAACCGAAUCAACGAGGCGCUCAAAGAAAUGCAAUCGCUCCUCCCUAAAUCAGCCACACCGAAGCUCGGCAAGGACAACAGCAACAGCGACGGCAGCCCUGAAGCCCAAACCAACGGCGACAGUAAAGAGUCAAAAGAAGACGCCACCGCCAAAAGCAACAACAGCAAAGCUGCUACCGUCGAGUCUGCCAAUGAGUACAUACGUAACCUACAAAAGGAGAUUGCAAUGAUGCAACUACUCAAGCAAGAGAACGAGGAAAUGAAGCGGAAACUCGAAAGCAUCGACGAGCACGGCGAUACAGCUACUCGAUCCUCGCCAACCAAUUCCUCCAGCAAUGCGAAGAGCGAAAGUCCGGCUGCGACAUGA